AUGCCGCGUAGGACACACCGAAAAUCGCGUAAUGGCUGUCUCGAAUGUAAAAGACGUCAUAUCAAAUGCGACGAGAAACAUCCGCAAUGCGGCAACUGCCGCAGCUCGGAACGUGUCUGCGAAUACGCAGAUCGGUUCAGGAGCAGCACGACCAGAUCCGAACGAAGUAAUGCCUCGACUCCGACCAACGCCUGGCCAAGUCCCGGGGUUGGUCCCUCGACACCACAGCCUCCUGGUGAGCAGCCUGCAGUAGAGCCGGUGACAACAACAUGCUCUGAGGAUCAGCCCGUCAACAUGGUUCACGCCGAACUCCUCUUCAAUCUCGUCACGGAGACGAUUCCCUCCCUCGGCGACACCGCCUUCUUCGGGGGCCUGUCCCCGGACCUCAUGCGCGUCGGGAUAUCGACCCCUUAUCUGAUCAAUGAACUGCUGGCCCUCAGCGCUCUGCACUCUAGUAUAGUCCGGCCCGCUGAGCGCGAGCGGUACCGCCGCCACGCCGCCCAGCUCCAGACCCACGCGCUGGAGAUCUUAGGGCAGGAGCGCCGGGACGUCACGCAGGAGACCUGUGUCCCGUUAUUUAUCUUCUCGUCCACGCUCGGCCUGCAUAUGCUCUGCGACACCGUGAUCUACCGGGAGAAGUCCAGCUUCGAUGCCUUCCUCGACCAAUUCGUGCACUAUCUCAAACUGCACCGGGGCGUGCGGGCCAUCACCUCGGAGGCGUGGGAGGCGUUGCGCGGGUCGAUACUGCAGCCAAUGCUCCAGUACGGGCAGGAGAAGUUCGCGUGGGAUGCGGACCUGGGGCCCGAGUGCCAGCGGAUCAUGGAUCUGAUCGAGGCGGCACGACUGGGCGAGAAGACGACCGCGGUCUAUCGGCAGGCGGUGCGUGCGUUACAGGUCUCAAUCCAUGCGACGGGGGUGAAGGACGCUGAUCCGGGGGUCAAGUUCAUCGGCGGGAUCACUGGGUGGCCCGUCAUUGUGGAGGUGGAGUACAUCGAGAUGUUGGAGCUGCGCCGCCCAGAGGCACUGGUCAUUUUGGCGUCCUACGGUGUGCUUCUGCAUCAGGCGCGGCAUGUAUGGGCGUUUGGCGAUGGGGGUCGAUUCUUGAUUGAGACCAUUCAGGCGCAUCUGGGUUCCCAGUGGGAGACAUGGCUGGAGUGGCCGAGUAAGGUACUAAGGGAGUCUCAGGGGUGA